AAAAAAAUCAGGUGUAAGCGUGUAUUUAAUGAUCUGGCAGAGGGCAUGACUAAUGCUGGCAGGAUUUCUAAAGGAAAUUCUUGUACAAUCUGAGAGCAAGUCACUGAGCUUAGCCUGCACACUGCUCAGAGAGGGCUCUCUGGAUUCCUUUGCAUAGCUGGAAAUACUGCAGUUCCCCUCAUUUGGAGCAUCUCUCACUGCAGAGCAGGAAUACUCUGGCACCGUUAAGAGCUCCUUUUGUCUGGCCGGCGAAGGUACAAGGAGAGCGAGAGUGAAGAAUCGUAAUCCCUUCCUGGUGAGCCCUGUGUUUGAAUUACAAUAUUCCAUUUUAAACUUUCUCUACUGGGCUGGAUUUCGACUACUCCUAGCUGUCUAAGGUGUUUUUUGUUAAGUUUAUUUUUUGGAUUUCUGUUUUGAAAUGCCCUGAUUGAAGCGUGUAAACCUGGAAAUCACCAGGAUGAAUGUUCAGAAUUUAGUGGAAUCCUCCAGACAUGACUUCGGCUCUCCACUACUUUUUGACGAUGAUGGCAAUGGAAAUGAGGAAGACAAAGCUCUCAAAUUGUCAAAAUGUGAAUGUAAUCUGAAUUCUAAUAAUGCUGCUCAUGUGGAGACGAGGAGUGAAUAUGCAGCUGGCAGUGCCUCUAUACCAGAAGCUCUUGGGGAGCUGGAGAAUACUGUGGAUUACACAGGAAAGAGGACAGAAAAUGGGGUUCAUGAGUUACAGAGUCUGCUGCAUGUCAACAACAUGGAGUUUGAAGAGACUGUAGAUUAUGUUAACAAGGGAUCAUCCUCAUCAAUGAAUUGUUCAUUCCCCACCAAGGCCCAUAAAUGUUCACACCAUGAAUGCACUACACAUACCAGUACUUUCAAAUGUAAGCACAAUAAACAGAAUGUUAAACAGCCCAUGCCUUAUAUACAGCAGUCAGCUGACUCCUAUUACAGCAAAACAGAACAUUUGAGGACUUCACAGUUCACUGUAAAACAAACUGAUGAAGCAUGUGGGAAUGUUGUGUCUGAGCAGGUGGAGGUAGGUGCACCAUUCGCCAUACACAAGGAGGUGGAGGUACCAACGUUGACCUUAUUCUCCUUGUCGUUGGACACGAGUGAAAUGUGUUUAAGGAAAAAUAGUUUAGUUUCAAGUGGCUCUGAAAAGCCAAUGAGUACUUCUUUACUGGAAAGUUCGGUGCUACCAAACACCCCCAAUGAGGUCUUUUCAGGGUCUUUCAAGUGGACUAACAAUACCCCUGGUUGCCGUGAGAGUGGUGAGCAAUCCACUAAAGACUUAAAUUAUUUUGAAGUGCCUCCACGCAAUGAUGAUUCCAAAGUAAGUUGUCUGAUCAGUAGAGGUCCUGAAUUUACGAACCAGGCAUCUAACAUGGAAGGCAUUAUGUGUAUUAUACCUGAACCGUGCAAGGUGAAGCUUCAUAAUUCUUCUGAUAAUGUUGCCCCGGUUAUGAAAAUGAUGGAUGACAUAAACAAAAAUAACAUGUGCCCCGUCACUGGCACAGACCAAGAAGCCAUUAUUCCAGUUUUACAUAUAGAGGAAAUUCACUUUGAAACCAAAAAGGAAAUAGGUCUGCCUACAGAAGAACCCUGCCUUUCAAAGUCGUCCAGAAGAUCUCCGCCUUUGACAUUAGAAUCCAGAGACUUGUUGAGUAACUCAUCGGGGCACAACUGUGAGGACACUUUUUUAAUAGGAAGUCCAAGUUCACUCACGGAUACCAAGGCAUAUACUUCCACACCUUUACCCGAGUCCAAAAAUAUGACUUUCUCUGUUCCAAUGUUAGAUGAUAUUGGACUACUUGAGAAACCCAAGAAACCAGAUUCCAUAAAGGACAUUAACAAAGGCAACAAUCUAGAUAUACCUAGAGCAGGCCCUGGGAAUGGCACAGCUAAACCUAUUAAUAGAAAGCUGGCACCAGCAACGUCUUAUGCAAAAGCAAAGAAAAGCGAGGUGGUAACCUUUCCAAAACCAAACUUCAAGAAUGUAAAGGCAAAAGUGCUGACCAGACCUGCAUUAGUAAGAAAGGAUUUUCCGUCAUCUGUUUCUAAGCAUUCUCCCUGUUCACCACCAUCGCAGUCUAAUGCAUCUUCCCCUCUAGCAUCCCCUAGAACCCAAGCUUCUGCCGUCAAGACCGUAAGUAAAAAACCAGUUCUAAACCACGACGUUAAAGCUGUAGCAGCUAUUGCUAAAUAUCAGAAGCAACCAAUCAAUAAACAGCUCUUCCCCAGCCAACCUGCACAUGCCCCAACCCAUACUAAAUAUGCUCAAGGUAAAGUUCCCAGAACGGCUGUGUUAAAGCAGACUCAGGAUGAUAUUGAGAGAGCAAGUUCUACAAAUUCAACACACUCCUCUGGAUCAGCUGCUGCCUUAACCUGCACGGGCAGCUCUAAAGUGAAAGAAAACGAGAGUGACAGGACGAAGACUAUUGCAAAGCCUGCUGCAGUGAAUGGUGCACAUAUGGGGCCAGAUACAAUUAUGCAGAAUGGCCAUGUUCUGGCUGAGAGAUCUAAAUCCCAGAAGGAAGACUGCACAUCUGGAGACAUUGCUAACGUAGUGCCUUUUUCUGCAAAGUCACCUACUCCCAGCAAGACCUUGCACAAGGAGCUGUUGUCCUGCCUGAGGAAUGCAACCUCCCAACCCGUCUCCACGGCCAGAGCAAGGCUCCAGUCCAGUCAGCUGAGGCGAGGAAGUCUAAGCAAGAAUGUAGUUACUGUCAGAGUGUCCUCUCCUCCCAUGGUAAACCAGCAACCCAGUAUUGCGGGAGAUCUGAACUCUCCCAUUGGAAAGUCUAUUACUGUAAAAGCGUCAACAGUGCUUGGGACCAGAUCACUGCCUAGAACAAGAAUCCCAUGCAGAGGACCUGCCCUGAAGAGAACCCCUAGUGUGUCUUCAGUCUGCAGUACACAGAGCGACCUAAGUACUUUGAGUACCAGGUCUACAGCUGCCACAAGCAGCACCAAGGCUGAUGAAGUCCCUGCAAAAUGUUUGCGACAAAAUGGUGUCACUGGAACGCUGCCUUCAAGAGUCACCUUUUCCAGAGCCAGAUCGCAGUCACUUAAAGUUGCACAGAUCAGCACAAAGAAAAGCCCUGUUUUAAACCAAGGUAUAGCAAAAACCUCCGGGUCAUCAGCACUUUUACCAAAGCGAGUGGAACAUAAAGUGGUCAAUGGAGUGGGCAAAUGCAAGAAGAAGACCAGCCCUGAAGGACCAAUUACGCCACCCCAGCCCGCCCCAGUGGACACACAAGCACUUGAAUUAGCACAGUGCAAAAGAGUAUGUGAGGAGCAGAAAGGACUUAUCCAGCAUCUGAAGUAUCUCCUCACAUGCAGCAACCAGAAGUUUGAAGGAGUGACAGUGGUGACGCAGUACGUGAUAAACCAGCGUGAAGAGGCACUGAGAAAGCGCAAGGAACUAUCUCAGGAACUUCUGAACUUGCGUGGUGAUUUAGUGUCUGCAUCCAGUACAUGUGACAAGUUAGAAAAGGAGAAGAACGACUUGCUGGUUGCUUAUGAAGGCAUCCUCCAGAAGGUGAAGGAUGAACAUCUUGCUGAGCUGACUGACCUGGAAGAGAAACUCAAGCAGUUCUACACUGGCGAGUGUGAGAAACUGCAGACCAUCUUCAUUGAGGAAGCAGAGAAAUACAAGAAUGAGCUGCAGGAAAAAGUUGAUGACCUCAAUACCACUCAUGAAACCUACAGACUGGCAGCGGACACCAGUCAUAAAGAGUCCAUAGAAGCUGUAAAGCAAGAGUUUGAGAACUCUAUUACUGAACUGAGAAACCGCCAAGUGCUGGAAAAUAAAGCAUUAGAAGACUCUGCUAAAGAAAAGCAGGCGGAUAUAGAGAAAAAAAUAGAAGAGCUGACAAAGGAGAAUGAAUUCCUGAAGGAGAAGCUAAAAGCUGAGGAAGAACUAAGAAAAUUGUCCAAAGAGAAACGGGUCCAGAAGAACCCUCAGGUUAUGUACCUGGAGCAGGAGCUGGAGAGCCUGAAAGCAGUGUUAGAGAUCAAGAAUGAGAAAUUACACCAGCAAGACAAAAAGCUGAUGCAGAUCGAGAAGUUGGUGGAGACCAACACAACACUAGUGGAAAGAUUGAACAAAUGCCAGCAGGAAAACGAGGAUCUCAAGGCUCGUAUGGCGAAUCACGUAGCUUUAUCCAGGCAGCUGUCCACAGAGCAGGAGGUUUUGCAGAGAUCUCUGGAGAAAGAAUCCAAAGUGAACAAGCGCCUCUCAAUGGAGAAUGAAGAACUCCUCUGGAAGUUGCACAACGGUGACCUAUGCAGUCCUAAAAAACUGUCCCCAUCCUCUCCUGGGAUUCCUUUCCAUCCAUCCCCCCGGAACUCUGGCUCUUUUUCCAGCCCAACAGUGUCACCAAGAUGACACAGCAUUGGCUAGAGACUCCUCUCUCACAUUUCAGAACAUUGCGGUGAGAUUGCUUUGGACAAAUACAAUGGAAACAAAAACUAUAUCAGAUACCUGAACAUCUGGAAUUUUUGAUUUAAUGAAACUGUUCUUUAACUUACUGGAAUUGAAGCUUGGUUCAUGUUGCUCUUUUAGCUAAAGAGAAGACUUUAUGGUAAAUAUAUAUAUAUGGAUAUUGUUGCACAAAGCACUUACAUAGCAAGAUACAACAAUUCUUGCGUUUUGCCUUUUUUUCACCUACAGCGAGUUCAUAGGGGGAAAAAAGCUCAGGGCUUGUAGAUAAAAGAUCACAAACUUUAUAUUGUUUUAGCACCUCCUGUUCUUGUUUUUUUUUAUUUUUAUCAGGGUGGUUGUGAAGUGAAUGAGAUGGAUGUUACACACGUGGUUUGUGUGUCUCGUGCUGCCUUUUGUUUUGGGUUUUGUUUUGUUUUUUGUUCUGGAUAAACUGUAAUCCUGCUCCUGAAACGUGGCACAGCAGAUUUCCACCUUUUACCGUUGUAUUGCAUCAAACACUACCUGGAAACCUAUUGGGUUUUAAACUCUUCAUCCCUACAGUAUGAAAACGUUGAUCGUGUCUUGCUUUUGUGAAGAUCACCCUUGCUCCUCAUCGUCGAGUACUAACAAUCUGCUACAUGUGUGUUGUUUGUUUUGGGGGGUUUUUAAAUACUUUUUGGGACUAUGCAAGGCACCCGUGUUUGUACCAUUUUCUCUGCAUUAUGCUUACGUCUUUGCAGCAACUUUUCUAAGGCAAACAAAUAUAUAAUGGAUUUAUUUGGGAGGUACAUGAGGCGACACUGCACCUAGAAAGGUUAGCUGACGUGUAACUAUAUGCCUUAUUUUAAGGUCACUCUUUUUUUUUUUUUUUUCCUCCUUCUUUUCUUAUUUUUUAUAUUUUAUCCAUAUUGCUCAAUCUACUGCCGAGACUUAGGAUGGGAAUAUUAGAUCUUGAUCAUUAUUUUAUGCUUUCUUCUAACAUCCACCAAAGAAAAGACUGCAGGCCUUGAGCUGCGGAGAUUCAUCCCUUUUGUUAUUUCUCCCUCGUUACCCCACUAACUUGAUGAUAAAUACAUUGCUGUAUGUUAAUAGUUUGCAGCAUUUCCAAAGAGUUUUAUUUCCCAGCAUCCUUCACUACAUGGUCAUCCCUGAGAGUCUCCUCUCAUGCUGCCACUUGGGAUUCCUGGUUAUGACAUUCAGGCCUGUCGCCAACUUGUAUUGGUUAGUACCCCUGAUUUGUCUUUGUAGCCGAAUGAUUUCAUUUUGGGCACUGAUAUGAUGAAUACGGGCACAGAAAAAGGAUACAUGUGUUUUUGUUAAAUAAAAAAAAAAAUUCUGUUUUCAUCUUCAUGCAAAUGUGUGUAGCUUCUAGCAAACUUGGAUGUAAAAAGAAAUAAAGCUGUAGUUGCUUGGUUUGUAAUGAUGGAAAUAUAUUCUGACAUGUAAUAAGAGAGAAUAAAUUUAUUGGUACAAUAAUUUA